GAGCCACCGUAAUUCUAGCUAACUGAUGUUUGGAAGAUCAAACUUUUGGUGUCAAAACACUUACCAAAACACUUUUAUAAGCAUAUCACAAAUGAACAACUAUACGCAUUUGAUACUUCUGAUCGACCAAAUUAGUCUUUGACUGAGGUACGAGUUCAUGGGGUACCAUGUUUUCUUUCGCAUUAGGGUCCCUGUUUUGUACACUUGAGCUCCGCUAAAAGUUUAGUCCUGGAAUUAGUGGGAUACACUGGGCAAAUAUCAUCUGCUUAAACAUGUGGUGGCAGGAUUGUUCAAUUAAGCAAUGAGAUGUGCAAAGAGUUUCACUUUACCUUCCAAUGAAAUACUUGCCAACAAAACAAUGAUAUAAAUGGCGACUGGGAGUUCAUUAAUUUAUAUUGAGAAAAAAAAAACAACUGACGCAGUUUUAUUCCCUCAAGAUUUCAGCUUUAAUUAAGCGCUAACACAAGAAAAUAUGAAGUCAUUCGCUACAUGUAUCUUCACGCUGCUCGUUUUGAGCAUGAAUAUUUUUUGUGUUAUGAGUGAGUGUGAUCCUGAUAAGAAGACAGACGAUUCGCAAGGCCGUUGCUGUGCUUUUCCAUUUGAGUAUGGAGGGAGAACUUACGACUCUUGUACCAAGGUGGCUCAUAGUAGACUGUGGUGUUCACUUAACAAAGUUUACAAAGGGCAAUGGGCUAACUGCGUCAACCCAUGUACAAACAACCCUUGUCAAAAUGGAGGAGUCUGCACAGUAACUGGAGAUGACUCUUACAGCUGUAAAUGUGCCGACGGAUAUUACGGACACUCUUGUGAAAAAGUGAGCCCUUGUAAAUCACUUCCAUGCAAAAAUGGUGGAACAUGCACAAUGACGGGUCCUGACUCAUUCUCUUGCACAUGCACUGAGGAGUUUGAAGGAGACACCUGCGAAAAACGGCUGCCUUGUCCACCUGGCAAGAAGACAGACGAUGCUAAAGGCCGUUGCUGUGUUUUUCCUUUUGAGUAUGGUGGGAAAACUUAUAACUCUUGUACCAAGGUGGCUCAUAGCCGAUUGUGGUGUUCAUUUGACAAAGUUUACAAAGGUCAAUGGGCUAACUGCGUUGACGAAUGUGCGUCAUCUCCUUGUAAGAAUGGAGCCAGUUGUAAGAUUACUCAAGAUGGUUACAGUUGUCAGCCGUGUCCGGCAGGAUGGGGUGGGAAAAACUGUGAUAAAGACAUCGACUACUGUCAAUCGAGUCCUUGUAAGAACGGAGGCCAGUGUGUGGAUCAAUCUCAAGGAUAUAUCUGUAACUGCAUGGAUGGAUAUCGAGGAGAAAACUGUGAAGAAGUUGAUUGGAAAUCUGCUGGAUGUUUCAAGGAGCAUAAGAGGAAAACUACAAGGGCUCUCAGAUAUAAAUUUGCUACCGUCCGGGGAAAGAAACUAAACAUCGAUGACGUACUUGAUAAGUGCAAAGUUGCAGCAGAGAAGAAAGGUUUCAAGAUUUUUGGUAUUCGAAGCAGGAACAGAUGUUUCACAACAAGCGAUGGAAAAGUGCAGGAUUUUGAUAAGUACGGGGUAUCAUCCAAAUGCGAAAUAAAUGACAACGGUCAUGGUGUUGGGAUGAAACUCGCCAACUUUGUUUACACCAGGCUGUAAAGAAAGGUUCAAAGCAGAAAUGCAGCAAUCCACAAAAAGGAUGGGAUGGAAUAAGUAGUUCUUUCCGAAUAAACUGAAAAUCUUGUUGGGUUAGGGGUGUAAAAUCAUUUAAGGGUUAAUCUGAACUGGACGUGUUUAUGAGAGGGGAAAUAAGGUUCAAUUCUGAAAUAAAAAAAAA